AUGGUUGAUCACAUAUCAAAACAAUAUAAAACAAUUACUAUAUGUCAUCCAAAUUAUUCACCAUUUUAGGUAAUGAUAAACGAAUACUCUACAAUAAAGGAGAUUUGUAGAUAGAUUCGUUUAGCUUGGAGGAUAAGUCCAAAAGAGUUACGAUUAUUUAAUGCAAGUGGGAUAGAAAUAUUUUAAGAAGAUUUAAGAUUUUAGCCAAAAUAAUCAAAAUUAUGGGCAACAUUGAAUGGAUAGGAACUUGAUUAGAAUAUAAUAUUCUAAGAAUAUACAAUUUUGGAUCAAAUAGGAUAAGGUGGAUAGGGUGUAGUAAUGUUAGGAUAACAUAAAGAGACAAAAGUGUAUGUGGCAAUAAAAAUAAUAAAAGGGGAUGGAUUUAAUGCAGAUGAGAUAGAUCUAUUAUUUAGAGAGUCUCAGAUAUUGAAAUAAUUGAGUCAUAGGAAUAUAGUUCAUUUGAUUUAAAAUAUAAUGUUGAAUCAUGAAUGUAUUUUAGUGAUGGAACAUUUACAAGGAGGAUCUCUAUUGGAAUUAGUAAGAAGGAAAGGACGAUUAGAUGAAAUUGAAGCUAGAAUAUAUAUGAAAUAGAUCUUAGAGGGAAUCGAUUACUGUCAUAAAAAGAAUUUAAUUCAUAGAGAUUUGAAAUUAGAAAAUGUAUUGCUUGUAUCUCCAAAUAGUAAUUAAGUAAUUACACUAUGCAUAGAUAGAUAAAAAUUGUAGAUUUUGGAAUAGCAUGUAUUGGUAAAGAUCGGAUUCGAAUGGGUACGUUACCAUAUAUGUCACCUGAAUUGAUAUCUGGAUAAUCAGCAUCUCAGCUUUCUGAUGUUUGGGCUAUUGGAGUCAUUCUAUAUGCAUUGGUUUUUGGUAAAUUACCAUUUAGAGGUUCAAAUAAAGAAGAACUUAUCUAAGCUAUUAGUGUAUUUAAAUAUACAAUACCACAAAAGGUGAGCAAUGAUUUAUUAGACUUAUUUAAAUCAAUAUUUCAGUAUAGGAAUAGAAUUACAAUCUAAGGUAUCUUAAAUCAUAGAUGGUUAAGUGAAAGUCACGCCAUUCCAACAUUGAGUUUAUUAAAAAUGUUAUAAGUCACUACUCCACUUAAGGUUACAACCAAAAAACCCAAAUCAAAUAUCUAAUCAAGUUGUCGAAAGAGUUCCUUAUAAAAAGAGGAAUCAUAAUCAAACAUUGGAAAUGUGACUGCAAAACCAAUCAAAAUUAUCUUAAAGUAAAGAUCUGGAAGAGCUAAAAGCUAAUUAUUAUUGAGUAAUUGA